AUGUUAGCAUCACUCGGUGAAUAUCAGAAGGCUAAAGAAUAUCACGAGAAAUCACUUGCCCUCCACAUGGAAAUUGGUGACAAGGGAAGAGAAGCAACAACCUACGGAAACCUAGGAGAUGUGUUAGCAUCACUGGGAUGGGUUUCUUCCGCGCGCGAAAAGUAUCUGUAUGGCGAGAGAGCACUUUCUAUUGCCACAGAAAUUGGUGACCGGGAACGUCAAGCAGAUGCUUUUGAUCUCCUUGGUGAUUUUUUCUCGUGGCGCAAAGACUAUCAGAAGGCCAUAGAAUGUUACAGGAAACAGCUUGCCAUCAGCGGUGAGAUUUGCAAUAGAAAGGAAUUAGCACGGAGCUACCUAAACCUAGGAUUUGUGUCCUUAAAAAUUGGCGAACGUGAAAGAGCCGACGAAUACCUUGAGAAAGUCCGCGGGAUAAACUCUGAUAUGAGAAGCAUAUAUUUUGAGUUAUGCACCCUCAGCCUUAUGUCAGUCUUGCGGCUUUUUCAAUCAAGGUCCAAGGAAGCAUAUCCAUAUCUUUAUCAGUACAUGGCUAAACAUGAAACAUGGCGAAAUUCUCAGCAAGGAAACGAACAAUUUCAACUAGACAUUUUAGAGCACCGUGAUGCACCCUACAAGGUGCUCCGUAAACUGCUAUGUUCUGCUGGUAAUUUUCGAGAUUCGCUCUAUGUCGAGGAGCUUACACGGGCUAGAUGCUUAGCAGACUUGGUGGCACGAAACUUUUCCGUUGAAAAUCAUAUCUCAGUUGAUCCACAAUCAUGGUAUGGGAUGGAAGAGAUUGUGAACAAAGAACGUGACUCUGCAUUCUUGUACAUUUCGUAUCAUGAACGGUGGGUUUUUCUUUGGGUUCUGAAAGCAAAUGGUGACACUUUGUUCCGACAAUCCGAAGAAGUCGAUGACAAAACUCUCAUGGCUGAGGAUGCUUAUGAUCUGAAUACUUAUUUCAACAAAAGUAUCCGCGGCUUUGGCGUUUUACCCAAACAGAAGUGCGAGGAUCGGUCUUUCAACGAAACCAUGCCGAUAUUAACCCAAGAUGAAAGUGAAGCAGAUUUGAGAGGCGAGAAAGUCAAAGACACUGAGAGGAUGCUUUCUGAAUGUUUCAAACUGAUCAUCGCUCCAGUGGCCGAAUUACUCACCGAGCCGGAAAUCAUUAUUGUUCCCGAACGUAACUUGUACCGAGUCCCAUUUGUAGCCUUACGCGACCAACCAGGCGGAAAAUCUCUAGCAGAGACCUACAGGCUCCGCAUCGUCCCUUCUUUGACGACUCUGAGGCUUAUUCAGAACUGCCCAGCGGACUACCACAAUCAUACUGGCGCACUGGUUGUGGGCAGUCCGAAGGUGGGCAGGGCGCGUUACAGGGGAAAAAUCCAUAACUUCGCAUCACUGACCGGUGCGAGGAAGGAAGCAGAGAUGAUCGGACAACUGCUGGGUGUUCAGCCAUUGUUAGGAGAGCGUGCGACAAGAGAGGCGGUACUUCAAGAAAUUAGUUCAGUGAGUCUGAUUCAUAUUGCUGCCCAUGGUAAUGCCGACAGAGGAGAGAUUGCCCUUUCCCCUGGACCCUUCUCGAGCAAUAUUCCAGAAGAAGAAGACUACCUCUUGAGGAUCGCUGAUAUCUCACAAGUUAAACUGCGAGCUAAACUGGUGGUACUCAGCUGUUGCCACAGUGGACGUGGAGAAAUCAAAGUCGAGGGAGUCAUUGGAAUCGCUCGCGCGUUCUUGGCAUCUGAAGACUACCUCUUGAGGAUCGCUGAUAUCUCACAAGUUAAACUGCGAGCUAAACUGGUGGUACUCAGCUGUUGCCACAGUGGACGUGGAGAAAUCAAAGUCGAGGGAGUCAUUGGAAUCGCUCGCGCGUUCUUGGCAUCUGGUGCACGUUCAGUGCUGGCAACACUGUGGGCCAUUGAAGACGAAGCAACGGAGCAGUUCAUGAAUCGUUUCUACAGACACCUUGUUGACGGAUUUAGUGCCAGUGAAUGUCUUCACCAGGCCAUGAAGUGGCUGAGGAAUAUCGGCUAUACCAAAGUUUCCCAGUGGGCUCCAUUCAUGCUGAUUGGAGACAAUGUGACAUUUGACUUUAAGGAACAAAGAAAAGAAGAAUCUGAUCGUAAAGGACAAGAAUGAAGCCGACAAGAAACAGUCAGAAAAGCCUUAUUAUUUUUGGAAUUUGAUAUCUAUGUGUGUAGUCCAAUGAAGUAUUAUAAGACAAUUUCCUUGCUUAUAAUCGACAAGAAGAGUUUUUUCUGAGGUUUUCAAUUCAUGUUCGCUUAAGAUGUGUACAAAGUAUAAAUAGUCUUUAAAAAAUGAAAAACGAGAGGAAUUGGAACGUUUAAUUCCACGGAAUGUCCUUACUUAAAAAAGUCAUAAACAGAAGUUGAACCACUCAGCCUUAAGUGCUUGGAUAGUAUAAGUUAUGAAAUUUGAGUGCUUGGAKUUGUUUUUUAAGGUAAUAGAAACUCAAAUUCUUUUUUAUCAGAAUUUUUUGCUGCUUCAAAAUUUUUUGAUAAAAGUAGGAAAAAAAAGAGAAAAAAAAAAUAGAAAAAGAGGUUAGUUGUAGAGAGGUCGAUUCCCAGUUAAAGUUUAAAAGGCUCGUGCACAUAUCGAGAAAGACAGAGAAGUUGGACGUUUCACUUCAAGUUUUAAUUGGGGUCAAUAUUGCAUUUUUUUAGUCAAGUUGGAAAGGCUCUUGCUUGAAACACUUUUGUUUAAAGUAAAAGGUUUUAUUGGUCAACGGGAUAAAAAUCUACUUUAAGUAGCCUCAUACAGGCUCGUGUACAGAUUGAGAAAAGACAGAAGAGUUGAAUUGUUUUUCAUUGAACUGAUUUAAGGUGUAACUAGGGUCUCGAAAGUAAGAAACAGAUACGAUUCAUAUUUAUCGUGAGUUAUUUUCAGGAAAACUGUUCCAUUGGAUAAUAUUCUUGUAUUGUACAUAAGUAUCAUGGAUGAAAUGUUUAAACUGAUUCGAUUUUGUUCUUCAAUUAAAUUAAAGCAGAAUUUAAAGACA